AUGUUUUAUCGACGCGAUAUCAUUGAUACGAAUUUCGGUCGCGACCCGGGCGAACUUUUACUCCUGCCGCGUGACCUAAAAGCAAGACUCGGCGAAGAACAAGGAAUCGGGGGGGAGAGAAAGAAGACCGCGCCCCCGGUGCGCAACUUAUUCUCCGCGUUUCCACCCCAUAACGCACUCGACUUGCAGCUCCCAACAGAGAAGCCCGUCUGCUUCGGUGUUCUAGAGGGUAACCUCGUGGAGGUCAGCCCGCCGAGUUAUCCAGGCGGUUAUCCCCCGGGGCACUGGGUCACGCCCGGACCUACGCCAAGCAUAGACGAGCUCUGCCACAAGUUCACGGGGAGGCCGACGGAGCUGAGGUUACCGUCGAGGAGCACGAUACCGAGUCUGCCGGGGAUGCCGGUGACGGGGGUGAUGGAACAGGUAACGAUUCAUUGGGCCGAGCGGUCGAGCGGCGAGGCCAGCGACUCACCUUGUCCCAUCUCAAGGGAGACGAGGAGAGGACCGGGUAGCGUACAAAGCGGAAACGAUUCUUACGGAAACGAGACCAGGCGCGCAUCAUACUCUAUUGGUAAUUGUGAUAGAGCAUUUAUAAAUUUUUCUACCGCUGAUAUGAGUUUUCUGUACUCCCCGCCGAAUGAUUAAAGACACUGCCCUUGCGAGACUCGGACGCUCUCAGACGUUCCAAGAAGCAUUCUCACCGGGGUGUGUGCGUGCGUACGUGUGUUUGUGUUUGUAUGCGUGUGUGUAAAUAUAUACAUAGUUUUAAUCAGUCCUUCAGAUCGUUAUCACCGUUAUUCGCGUGCGAUUCGCGACGAAAGAUAGGGAGAGAGAGAAAGAGAGAGAGAGAGCGAGAGAUGGAGAGGGACACGGCGCCACAGCGUUCGCGACAUUCUACGCGUUCUCGCGCGAGGAAAGCUUCACUCUGCAAGGUUUUGCAAAAACUGGUCUUCCACGUGACACUUUGCGACGAAGUCGUGAAACUUCUACGGCGAGAAUGGAACUAACGAAUCGACGAAAAGCGUAUCCCUAAUGGAAACGGUGUAACGCGAACUUUGCCCGUGGAAAAGUUCGCGCUCGCUUCGGAUGAUCGAUAGACUCGUAAUGUGUAAAAAAAAACAGAAAAAAGAAAAAACAGAAAAUGAGAGAGAGAGAGAGAGAGAGCGCGCACGAGUGACGGACCGAGGGAUGAAUAACGAGUGUCGCGUCAGCGACGCAAAGUAGUUGCUCCCCUCGGAACACGGGAGGCGAGUAACGUCGAAUCAAUCGUCGAGUGCGUGUGUUUCGAUGUGUAUGAAGAGAUAACGGUUGCUCGUUAGCUAAUGUAUCGCUGUAUAUAUUAUCACGGGAGAGUCUAACGAUAGGUUGACGACGUUGAAGCUUUUCGCGAGGAAGAGACGAGUUCGAAGCGAGCGCCUUGUCGAGCGCCUCGUUUAACUUUCCGUCGCGCGAGGGGGGCGGAAUUGUUUCUCAUCGGCGCUUUUUUACGGCGAAAACGCUCGACAACGCGCUCCACCGAGAGAUCUUUUCAAAUUUACGCCCCCUCCCAUGAUGAUCCGUGGUGUUGCGAUUUUUUUUUUUGACGAUACCGAACUUCGGUGUUGAAAGACGAUUUUUUUAUCCUCCUAACACUUUCGUUGCGAACGAAACGUAGCUUCGUUGUUUCUCCGUCGCACAUUUGUUCUCCUAUCUCAAGAGAUAAAAAAGUCCGUUCUUUUUUCUACAUUCCCUUCUUUUUCCAGACGUUUUGAGGAACUCGAUAACCGAUCUGGUCCUGAGCCUUCUACUUAAUCUUUUCCUCAACCAGUUCGUGACAAUCCCUUGAAUUUACCCGGACACAGCACGCACGUUUAAAAGAUAUCUGAACUCAUCUAAAAGAUGUCCUUCAGACACGCGUGCUCCGUCUGGGUAACAAUCGUUACCGAAUGAUCGUCAAAGAAUUAUCGAGAGCGGUCAGUCGAACGGCACAUAUCUUCCCACGUCCACGAGAAUUCGCUCGGAGUUCGCGGAUGAGACGACGGAGGUGACGCGUUAGAGCGGACCGAAAGAGAGGGAGAGAGAGAGAGAGAGAGAGAGAGAGAAUUAGAAUAAGACAAAGUACUACUGCCCGUAUUCAUUUUGUAAGAGCGGAGAAACGUCGCGGAAUAUAUCAAUCUUUUUCACACACUAUGCGCGAGGAUCUUAUUCAGCGAGCGUGUUGCGGGAAGGAUCGCCCGAGAGUAGAUACCGAAAGUCACGUUCUCGGCUGACGUGACCCAACAAUCAAGCGCGAAGGGGAGGCAAAAAAGAAGAAGGCGAAGAAGAAAGGGAAGAUAAGCGCGAGCAAGUAACAGUAGCGAGUAAUGUGACUGUACAUAAUCAGCGAGUAACUUGUACGUAACGACGCGAGAGAGUCCAUGUAAAUCGAUCGGCGGUCGUAAGCCCGACCCUCAAGUUCACUGUAUAGGUGAUUUCAUAUCAGACCCUCCCUCGCCC